AAGUGCUUUUCGUAAAAUAACCUCAAAAUUAAGAGGAUCAGAUGCUUUUCUCCUCGAAUCUAAACAACAUGUAAUUAACAUUAAGUGAAAACUACGAAUAAACUUCCGCGUUUAGUUUUAUUUAUUGCUGUAAAUACACGCAUACGAUGGGUAAGCGUAAAGGAAAAUGUGCGAAGAAAAACAGCACGACCAAGCAAAGCCUGGAGCCGGAGACCCUGGUGAAGGCGCCGCACUCGUUUGUGAUCCACCGCGGGCAGUGCGGCAAGGACCUCAUCGACCUCGCCAAGGACUUUCGCAAGAUUAUGGAGCCGUUCACAGCGUCACAGCUUAAAGAAAGGAAAAAGAACACAAUCAAGGACUUCUUGUCGGUGUCGGGCUACCUGCAUGUUUCACACAUGAUGGUGUUCACGGAGACUGAGCAGGGCUCCUACAUGCGGCUCGCGCGCCUGCCGCGCGGACCCACACUUACCUUCAAAAUACAUAAUUACAGCCUCGCGCGCGACGUGGUGUCCUCCCUCCGCAAGCAGUACGUCAUGAUGAAGGCCUUCCAACACGCCCCGCUCAUCGUGCUCAACUCCUUCUCCGGCGAGGGCAUGCACAUGAAGCUCAUGGCCACCAUGUUCCAGAACAUGUUCCCCACCAUCAACAUCACCACGGUGAAAUUAAAGAAUAUCCGGCGGUGCGUGUUGAUGAACUACAACCCCUCAACAAAGAUAAUCGACCUGCGGCACUACGUCAUCCGCGCCACGCCCGUCGGACUCAACAGGGGCACCAAGAAGGUGGUUCAAGGCAAAAUACCCAAUUUAAGUCGCUGCAAAGACAUGUCAGAAUUCUUUGACAAAGCGGCCCUUCUCUCUGAGAGCGAGUUCGAGGACGACCCGGGCUCGCAGGUGCUGCUCCCGCAAGCGCUCGCCACGCGCGGCGCCGCGCAGGGCUCCCGGUCCGCACUGCGGCUCCACGAGCUCGGCCCGAGGAUAGCGCUACAGCUCAUCAAGGUGGAGGACGGGCUGAUGGACGGGGAGGUGCUGUUCCACGAGCUGGUCGAGAAGACUGAGGCGGAGAAGGCAGCCAUCAAGAAGAAGCGGGACGCCAAGAGGAAGCAGAAGGAGGGCCGCAAGGCGCAGCAGGAGCAGAACGUCAAGCGGAAACAGAGGGAGAAGGAGGAACUGAAACAGAAGGCGCUGGAAGGCAUCAAGAAGAAGAGGGAGGUGACAGAGAGCCAGCGGCUGAUGGAGCUCGCCAACGCGGAGUCGCGGGGCGCCGACGAGGCCAACGGCGAGGCCGACGACGACGCGGAGUACUACCGCGAGGCCGUCGGCGCCGAGCCCGACACAGAUUUGUUCAGUGCUCCGCGGAAGCGGAAGGCCGGCGACGACUCCGUGCGAGGCUUCAAAAAGAUAAGACUCGACAAGAAACUCCGGAAGAAAUACGACCCCGGUCAAAAGGGCGGUUCGCAAAACCAAAAUAAGGGCAGGCCGUUACAAAAUAAAGAUGGUGGCAGGAAGUUCCAUAGACAUGGUGACGACAGGGAAGAUGGCGGAAGGAAAUUCCAUAACAAGAAAGAAGGUGGGUUCCAGAAUAAUAGAGAUGGCGGAAGAAGAUUCAAUAAAAACCAGGACGGAAGGAAUUACCAAGGAAAUAAAGGCAAAGGAAGGGAUAAAAGUUUUAACAAACCUAAGAAGGUGUUUGGAGGCAAAGUGAAUAAGUUCAAGUCUGGGAAACAGGGCAAGAAGGGCCGGAAAUGACAAUAAAUGGAUGUUAUAGUA